AUGCCCAAUCCCGACCCUGCCACCGACUGCCCCUUCUGCGGCUUCAAGCCCGAAAGGGGCGAAUAUGAGCUCCUUCUACACAUUGACACUCAGCACCCCGACGAUCAGUCCGCCGGCGAGGAUCCCGUCCCCUGUCCACAGGAUGGCUGCGGUGAACUCGUCUCGACGGAUGAGCUAGCGUACCAUCUAGGGCUUCACGAGCUCGAGGCCCAGGAGCCAACGCCGGAACCGCCUACCGUGCCCCCCAAGCCCGAUGGCGGCGGCGGCGGUUCUAGGAAGCACGAACCGAGAAGGCCGAGGUCCUCCUCCAAGGACAACUCGCGUAAGCACCGGAGUGAGAAAAAGGUCAGUGCCAUACAGGCGUGGAAGGAUCUAUUCUCGGGGACCAGCAGCACCAGUUCCGGACGUGAUCGUGGGUCGAGCAGUCGGACACGGCACAAGACAAAGAGGUCUACCGUUGAUGGAAGCACGAAGCGCUCUUCAAGUCGGUCUGAGGGUCCUCAGCCAGCAGAGGAGGGAGAGUCAAGUCGAAAGUCCAACCGGUUAGGGAAAUCCGAGCUUGGCCGGUUUGCACACGAGAAACGGAUGCCAUCCUGGCUCGUAGACCUCCUGCAGGAUCAGGGUCAAGUUGUCAACGAUGGCGUCUUGCCAGUUCUCAAACAGCUCCUCGAACAGAGCCCUGAAACUCAAUACGCAUACUUGUGCCACCCUGAGGUACAGCAUGUUUCCAAGCUACGACGAGAGGGUGGCUUCUGUGGUUACAGAAACAUCCAGAUGCUCAUCUCGCACAUGAUUGGUGCCAAGGCACCAGGUUCGGAGCGCUUCGCUCAAACCUUUCCCUCUGUCUUCCAGAUCCAAGAUCUCAUCGAGAACGCUUGGGACAUGGGCAUCAAUUCCCAAGGUCGCGUGGAGACGGGAGGUGUGAAGGGAACCCGAAAGUACAUCGGCACGCCAGAGGCACAAGCUGUCUUUCUAAGCCUGGAUAUCACUUGCUCUGUUCAAGCCUUCAAGGACAAGGAGCGAGGACGGUCCAAAUCACGCCUCUUCGAGGCCGUUGAGGGCUACUUCCAGGGCGGCAUCAAGAACAUAGAAGACAGGAUCCGCGUCACAGACCUCCCGCCAAUCUACCUGCAACAUCCCGGACACUCUUUGACCAUCGUCGGCAUCGAGAAGCAGAUGGACGGCCACAUGAACCUCCUCGUCUUCGACCCCAGCUUCCGCGACUCAUCCAAGAUCCGAAGCCUCAUUGGCAGAACCGUUCAGCACAAGGCAUCCUCAAUCGACGAGUCACUGCACCCAUAUCGCCGCGGAGGACACUACUUCCGCAAGUACAACCAGUUCGAAGUGCUAUAUCUGACAGACUAUGCCACCAUCCCGUAG